CGGUUUCUAGUUCAUACUGGUCUAUUCUCAAAUGUGAGACUCUUUAAUGCUAAAGGUUGGCGGCCAGUGAGUUUGAGUAAGCCAUUCGUCAAAAAAGUAUUCGUUUUUGUUUUUGGGCCAAAGAUUCUCAACUGUAAACGUGGACACAUUGCCUAGCAUUACAUUUGCAACAAGCAAGCAAGCAAAGUCAGCCAUGGCAUCCAACUCCUUUUAACUUCAAAACCCCGUGAGAAACGUACGUAAAAACAACUGCUUUCUUGUCCUCUCUAAAUCCAACGAUCAAACCCAUCUCAAAUUUAAGAAAAUCUUUGAUGGGUCUUUUUUAUUUUCUUGGUUGGAGUUUUGAAUAGAGAGAGUUUGAUAGGAGAAAGAGAAUCAGAGAGAGAUGAGAGGAGGAGGAGGAGGAGGAGGACAAGGGGUUGAAAGGAGGGUUUGUGAGGAAUUUUCACCUGGGUAUUAUGCGCUUUGCACUUUUGGAGGAAUGCUUAGUGCUGGGACUACUCAUCUUGCUAUCACACCUCUUGAUGUCUUGAAAGUGAAUAUGCAGGUGAAUCCAAUCAAGUAUAAUGGCAUUUCUUCAGGGCUGUCAACCCUUUGGAGAGAACAAGGACCUUCUUCACUUUGGAGAGGUUGGUCUGGCAAAUUUUUUGGAUAUGGCAUUCAAGGCGGCUGCAAAUUUGGUCUCUAUGAAUACUUUAAGAAGCUUUACUCUGAUGUGUUGAUAGAUAAUGGUAACAAGAGUUUCAUAUUCUUUCUCAGCAGUGCAUCUGCUCAAGUAUUUGCUGAUGUGGCUCUCAGUCCUUUCGAAGCUGUCAAAAUUCGAGUUCAAACACAGCCUAGUUUUGCGAAGGGCUUGGUUGAUGGGUUUCCGAAACUUUAUGCAACUGAAGGGCUUGCGGGCUUUUACAAGGGACUCUUUCCACUCUGGGGUCGAAAUAUUCCAUUCUCUAUGAUAAUGUUUUCAACAUUUGAGCAUUCAGUGGAAUUGAUAUAUCACAAUAUAAUUCAAAGAAGAAAAGAAGAUUGUUCAAGAGCCCAACAGCUUAGUGUUACCUGUUUAGCAGGCUAUGCAGCUGGAGCUGUUGGUACUGUCAUCUCGAACCCUGCUGACAACAUUGUUGCCUCUCUUUACAACAAACAGUCUGAAAAUGUGCUGCAGGCAGUGAAGAAAAUUGGGCUUGUUAAUCUAUUUACCAGAAGUCUUCCUGUUCGAUUUUUAUUAGUUGGUCCUGUUGUUACUUCACAAUGGUUCUUCUAUGACACCAUUAAAGUUCUAAGUGGACUGCCUACUAGUGGAGGGCUUCGCAGGCGUGUGGAAGAAGCUAAUGUAUCAGCUUAAGCUCAUUGAAAAGAACAUCAAAUGUUCGACAAGGUCAAUUUUAAGAUUGCAAAAAAUUCAUCACUGUUGCAGAAGAUAUGACAACUGAAUAACCUUCCAAAACAUGGUACAAAUUGCUUCUUGAAGGCAGAUACGUACUGUGAUAGUUCUCUUUUUUUCCUAAUCUGAAUUUUACACUCACUGACUUCAGUUCAUAGAUGGUCAAGGUGCUUCGUAAUCAUCCAAUCUAGAAGAGAAUACUAUCAGCACCUGCGUAGAAGUGGCCAAUUUUAUGAGACAUUGUUAUUUUAUGUAUUGGUUACAUACAUUCUUUUUCCUCUGUUGUAGAGAUGUGGGUAAACAAUAUUGGGCAAUUUUAUGAGACA